AUGGCUGAUCCUUUCUCAGCAGUUGGCCUUGCCGGCAGCAUAGCAGGCCUGGUUGCUCUCUCCGAUCUACUUUUCCGCGCUUUGAUUCGGUUCGGCCGCGAGGUCAAAUCGGCCAAAAAGGAUGUCGAAAGCGUGGCGUCAGAGAUUCGAAAUCUUUCUGGCACACUGCACAACCUCUCCUUACUUGCUUCUGCUUUCGACGAUGACCAGCCGUCAUUUCGUCUCGAUCACGUGGCUGCCUGCCGACAAACGAUCGUACAGAUUCAAACGCACGUCGAUAAGGCAUUGGCUGAUUUCAAUGGGGCAAAUAAAGGAAAAUCGUUCGCCCGGAGACCGCUAUGGCCCUAUUCAAGCAAAGAAACGAAGACGCUGCUUGAAGUUGUAUCACGUCACAAGGCUACGAUCACCCUCGCUCUUUCCGCUGAUUCAAUGAAAGCUAUGCUACAAUGCCUCUCCUCGCAGUCAGAUAUGGGAGAAGCACUCGAAGAAAUUAAAAAAUCGGUCAAAAACAUCACAACUCGAAUCACUAUCGACAAGCAAAGACAGCAAAUUCUAGAUUUCUUCCUACUUGUCAACCCGCAACCAAAUCUCGAGACCAGCGUUCGUCUUCGCCACCCUAUGACAGGCUUGUGGCUUACCAAUGGGUUGGGCUUCCAACAAUGGCUUGAUCUGCCCAAUUCGAGGCUUUGGCUCAGCGGGAUCCCUGGCGCUGGAAAAACCGUUCUCGCAGGUUCCAUCAUCCAGGAAAGCAUACAGCGCGCUACCGCUUCUACGUCGCAAGCGUGCUGCUUCUUCUUCUGCGACUACAAAAACGAGAAAACGCAAAAUGUGGUAACAAUUCUGGGCUCGCUCGCCUCGCAGCUUGGUCGGCAGAGCGACGCGGCGUAUACGCUUAUUGAAGAAUACUACGAAGAACUCCACCCGCAUCGCGCAAAUCCUAGUACACCGGAAGCAUCAAAGCUACAAAGUCUCCUUGAAAGCAUGACAGACACUUUCGAUAAAGUCUUCGUGGUUGUUGACGGGUUGGACGAGUGCGGUGAUGACCCCGAAGUUGUGGAAACUCUAUCAUCACUAGCGCAGAACUCACCCUCAAUAUCCAUGGCUCUAUUGAGCCGUAAUGAGUCGCAUAUUUGGGAGUGCCUCGACGGAGAAUAUGAGCACCUAGACAUCGCCGCCCAAAGUGGAGACAUACAACUUUACGUCGGUGCCGAGCUAGAAGCACGGAUCAGAAGAGGACGCCUACGGCUUAACAACAUGACUCUGAAAGAUGAGAUCUUACAUAGAUUGGUCAUUGGUGCCCAAGGAAUGUUUCGCUGGGUCAGCUGCCAACUUGAUUACCUGUGUGAACUACCCACCGACCGAGAGAAGAGAGAGGCCUUAGGACAAUUACCCCCAACUUUAACGGCAACUUAUGAGAGAAUUCUCAGACGACAUACACAUCCGAGAUCCAUUCAGAUCAUUCGAAGCGCCUUAAACCUCAUUGUAAACGCGCGGCAACCCCUUCGGAUUAGCCUGCUAUGUGAUGCGGUGUCAUUACGAGAUGACGCAACGAUGAUUGACGAAGACGAUAAGAUCAACGGAGAAGAACUCAUGCGUCUGUGCAGCAGCCUCGUUCGGUCAUCUCAGUAUGCUGACUAUGAAGAUCCUCCUCUUGAACUUGCACACUUCACUGUGCAGGAAUUUCUGCAAUCG